CACUGCGAGAGAGACUGACCUGGAGGUUGGAUGAAUGGGGGGGGGCAAAAAAAGAUAAGAGGAAAUGACAAUACACACAAAAAGGGAUAUAAAGACACAAUAGCAAAAGGCUAGAGAGUGGGAGAGUAAGAGAUGCAAAGGAAGGUAUGAUUAGAGCAGCGCCCAUCAUUUACACAGAAAACUGAAAAUAACCUGAGACGGCAGGACACCCUUCCUUCAGUCUGAGAACUCACACAGAGAGGAGAGAGAGAGACAGCUGAAGAGGAGGGGGCGGUGCCUGAGAGCUGUGCCGUAUCGCACUAACUGCAGCUGGAUGUCACCAGGCACUGCUCAUCCUCGUGUGCCACUGCACUGCUGUCUGGAGGUCGCCGCGCACUGCACUACCACGGGAAAACACGCUACUAACUGCCAUUAGGGAUGGGCAUCGGCAAUUCCCGCAUGGAUCUGAAAUUCUCCCCGCGUGCGUAAUAGGAGACUGCAGCCACACCCUUUAGCAGGCACUAAAGGGCACGUCUGUUCUCUGACAAGCCGCUUGCCGUGUUGCUGCUGCUGCGACUCCCUGCGCUUUGGAUGCGGUGUGCGGUGAUUGUGUACUUCCCAGUACUUGGGGGGGUGAGAGUCGAGCAGAGAGUGUUUAGCGCCUGAGGGCACGGGAUGGCAUCACAUGGGAAGCCCCGAAGGGACCGGGCAUCGGAGUAUGAGAACCAGAUCAAAGAAAUCCGGGCUCAACUGACUGACCAGGUGAAAUGCCUGGACACACAAGUAGAUUUCCGCCAGCAGCUUCUGCAGGAUAUGAGUGAAUUUCUCCGCAGAAAGGCAGAGAUUAAUCUAGAGUACUCUCGCAGUCUUGAGAAACUGAGUGACCGCUUCUCUUCUAAAAUCCGCAAUUCCAAGGAUCACCAUAUCUUCAGGAAAGAACAGAACCUGCUGUCUCCUGUUAAUUGCUGGUAUACACUUCUGAACCAUACACGGCAGGAAAGCCGGGAUCAUGGAACACUUAGCGACGUGUACACUUCACAUCUCAUCCCACGCCUUGCACAUAUCGGAGAGGAUUUGUCUCGCCUUUCAAAGAAGAGUAAGGAAGUAGGUUUGCAGCAACAAGAAGAUUUGCUAAAGUUAGUUUCGGAGUUACAGGGGGCCAUGAAGACGUAUCAGUUGUAUCACAGUGACUGUAUGUAUGCUGAACAUAAGCUGAAGGAGGCCGAGAAGCAGGACGAAAAACGCUCGGGCAAAUUAGGUGAACAUACUGCAAGUUCACCGGUAGCUGACAGAGGGCAGAGACGGAGUUCUCUGAAGAAGAGUGAAAGACUUGUGGAAAAGAGGCUGAAGAAAUAUUUGGAGAACAGUCAGAAGUGCACCAAGGCCAGGAAUGAAUAUCUUAUAAACCUGAACACUGUCAACAAUAACAUCGAGAACUACUAUAUACACGACAUCAAUGACCUCAUCGAUUGCUGUGACCUCGGAUUUCAUCUUUCUAUGAGUAAGACAAUGCGAGUUUACCUGCAGGCUGAGGAGAAAGUGCAGAUGUCCCGUCAGCAGAGUCUCCAGGCCGUCGAGGGGGCUGUUGACAACUUCAAUUCACAGACAGACAAGAAUAAAUUGUUUGAGAUGUACAGUGAAACCUUUUCCCGUCCGACCAAAUUUGAAUACCAGCCACAUGAGGGGGAUGAGGUGUCGAAAGUUCGGUCUGAGCCAUUGCUACAUCAGGAAUUAGUCUCUAGGAUACAGCACAUCAAAUCCAGACUGGAGAGUGAGCACCUGGAAACCGAAGAGGUGAAAAAAACCCUUAAAGCCACUCUACAGUCCCUGCUAGAUCUUAUUGGAGUAGAUGAGUUUGAUCUGUCGGAGGUUUUCCAGUCCAGCCAGUCUACUGAAUCCCUUAAAUCUACAGGAUCAGACACCAGCACUAAGACAAGCACAGCCAAGAGGAGAGCCAACCAGCAGGACACUGAGAACUUCUAUGUUUCAAAAUUCCAGAAGUAUCUACUUGGAAGAAGUACAAUCUGCAAACUCCAAGCAAAGUAUGACCUGCUGAAGGAAGCCAUAGAAAAAGCUGCUGUGAUGGACAGUAAUAUUUCUGGGCAGCAGUCCAGCACCAGUAAGUCUCUGCGAGUGAAAAGGCAGCGGCCGACAUCCCAGUAUAACCACAAACUGUUUAACGGGGAUUUGGAGGAAUUUGUUCAGAGUUCAGGACAAGCCAUUCCCCGGGUAGUAUCCAGCUGCAUUCGCUUCAUUAACUUGCAUGGAUUACAGCAUGAAGGUAUUUUUCGUGUCCCCGGAUCUCAGGCUCAGGUGAACGAAAUCCGAAGUUCCUUUGAAAGAGGUGAAGAUCCACUAGACGAUAGCUGCAGUGGCCAUGAUGUGGACUCAGUUGCUGGGGUCCUAAAGCUUUAUUUCCGUGGCCUGGAGAAGCCCCUCUUUCCCCCUGAGAUGUUUAAUGAUCUCCUGUACUGUAUCCAUCUGGAAACAGCUCAAGAGAGAAUAACACACCUAAGGAAGCUGGUGUCCCAACUUCCGCCACCUGUCACUCUUGUUCUUAGAUACCUUUUUGCCUUUCUGAAUCAUCUGUCCCAGUAUAGUGAUGAGAACAUGAUGGAUCCAUAUAAUAUAGCGGUGUGCUUUGGACCAACCUUGGUUUCCAUUCCUGAGGGGCAGGACCCUGUAUCUGUUCAGGCCCGUGUUAAUGAGGUGGUGAAAACUAUCAUAAUUUACCAAGAGAGGAUAUUCCCAGGAAGUGCUGAAUUGGAGGGGCCAGUUUAUGAGAAAUGCAUGACGGUGGAGGAGGAUGAAGACUGUGAUCCACUGUCCCUUGAUGCUCCUAUUGAGGAAUGUGAACAAGAACAACAGCAAGAACUGGCCCUCAGUGAGGAUGAGCUGGAACCCAUAGAAGCCAUUGCCCGGUUUGAUUAUUCAGCUCAAACGCCUCAAGAGCUUUCAUUCAAAAAGGGUGACAUUCUGCUACUUCAUGGUAAAGCAAAUGGAGACUGGUGGCGAGGCGAGAUUGCAGCGACCUUGGGGCUCAUCCCCCAUAAGUACAUCAGUAUUCCUGAGGGAACAGAGAAGAGGCUGGAGCAAAAGUGCCAGAGAAAAGAGUUGGAGUCUGGUAUAGCACAUACCCCUGACGAUGGUCUUAAAGAACCAUGCAGGCUACGUGUAAAUUCUGACAGCGCUUGCUCCCCUAGGAAACGCAGUGAAGGAAGCCCCAUCAGAAAACUCAACUCCCCCUUCAUGGACAAUGUCCGGCUUCCCUUCCACAUGGCUUUCCAGGCAACUCCCAGGAUGGGGGGGCAUAUUGAAAGGGUAAUACCAGGUACUGGAGAAAGGAGAACCGUAAUAGACAGUGCUUCAAAGAGUACCAACGCAGCCAAACCCUGGCAAAAUGAUCGUCAGGGCAUCGAAGUGGAUAAGGAUGUGACGAAAAAUAUGAACAGUGUCUUCAAAGAGCUGCUGGGAAAAACUGCUCUAAAGCAGGUGAAUUUGGAAGAUCCUGUAGACCCUGUUAAAGCUGGAAAACCACGGGAACUUAAGCAAGUGGCACCAAGUACCCCUGAUCAGUCACGUGGAAGCCCAGCAGCGAAGAAAGGAGCUGCAGGAAGAAAUGUGUUUGGGACCCGGAGAUGAACGUCAGUUACUGAUUAUGUAGAUGAGAGCAAGAAGGAUUGUACAGACCAGUGGGUUCCUCAGAGGGAGAGAUUGUUCUGCCAUAUCCAUGUGUCUAAUGUUCUCACUUGUAAAAAUGUAAUACACAUAUGAUGCUUGCUCUUCUUUUUGCAAGUCAAUGGAAUGUUCCCUUGAAGGGAUCAAGACUCUCUUAAUCUCCAAUGUGCAUUUGUUUUAAUUUAUCAAUGUGUGUGCAAUUGUCAUAAACAGAAGCACAGCUAUAAUACCAGCAGGGGCUCCCUUACCUUAUACUACCCCAAACUUGCCAGCACUGAACUCUUAUGGUCAACACUGUAAGCAAACAGGCAGGAGCAUCUUAUACAGAAGUGCUUGAAUUUAAAUGGUUUCACAAAGCCACUAUAGCACCCCAUAGAACAUAAGUUUGCCAAACAUACCAAAAGUGAGAUAUAUGAUAUAUGAGGGUGAUCUAAAACCACCCUCAGAAGCACAAUCUUAAAAUUAGACUUUCCUUGUCUUGUCUAGAAUUACCAACAUUAAAAAUAAAUGAGACGUGUUGGAGAACUUUUGCUAUAUUAAAAUGAUACAAUUUUUAUUAUAAGGUGAAGACAGAGCUGUUGUUUACAUAAAAGCGGUCUAGUGCAUGGGAACAUUCAGUGUGAGCAUUGAAGAGCAGCACAAGUUUAACAUUUGCGAAGGAUUUUUGUAUUGCACGGUGAGCAGCAUUAAUAACAUUUGGGCCCCCAAUGUCCUUUCAGUUUGAAGUUUUGUAGUUGAGUAACUGCACCCCCCCCCCAACAGCAAAUAGACUAUACCUGUUCUGGUUAUACCUAUCUAGUUGUGGAAUAUUUUAAGAUUGCAAACAUUCUGUUAAUGAUCAGUCCAUUUGUUUGUAAUUCUGCAUUUGCAUAGAAUUGGUCGCUGCAACAUCACCAGCAAGGUAGACAGCUUUUUUAUUUUCCCCAUCAAGGAGGGUCUUGAGGCAGCUUAUGGGUUAAUAAAUGUUCCCAAUUUGAAUGGCA